AAGGGAAUAGAGUUUGGUCACACCUCUCCUCGGCACGGCCUCAUGCUGCUCCACUGGCUAGCCAACAACAUUUACAAUGACAACAAUGGCAACAUGAGACUCAAUUUCAACCCAACCAGGGGAGACUAUGGCAUUCAUUUCUAUAGAAACGCAGAUAAUCCCCAUCCAUUACCUAUUCUGCCCCAUCAACGUGGAAGUUACUACUCACUAGGGAACCUUGUUCACAAUAACAACAACGAUGCUUUGGCACUUCCUGAUUAUGUAACUCAAAGAUUCUACAACUCAAGGGGACCUGAGAGCAACAGGGACAGGGUCAUACUCAGAGUUAGGGAGGAAGAGUCCAAUCAGUUCAUAGUAGACGAGGUCUAUGUCACACAGCACUAUCCACCAAAUGAAAACACAGGAACUGGCUAUGAUCCAGUCAAUACACACCUUGUCAGUUUCAACCUCCUAACACAAAUCCAACGUCUCACAACCAUUGGCCGAAAUGACAUUCCACGUAUAUAUAAUGUAGAGAUCAACCACAACAGUCUGCAGAGUCUGGAAAACAUCUGGGGGGACACACCUGGUCUGGCACUUCUUCUGGCUAUUGUAUUGUCCUUUACAUUUAGGGCGCAAUCAUGUCGUGUAACAUCACAAAGUACCUUGAAGCAUGAAGAUAAUGCAUUGAUUAAGCUUGAGGUGAAAACCACAGAUAGAGGAAAAGCCAGGAUCAUCUGGAGUGGGAUCCCCAAGAGGCUAUUAGACCAGGGUGUAAUGGUGGUUCUUCAUAGGAACAAUAACAGUAAGAGCAAGCUGGACAGAUCAUCAGUCGGGGGCCAAGCCUCUGGAAGCUAUAACACCUCAGUACCCCUUAACCCUGGUCUCCAGGUCAGGCUCUGUAAGGAGGUAAACAAUUGGUGGACUUACUUGAGGUUUGGGUCCACUAUCAGAGAGGAGAUCUGGAGAGGUUCUGAGUUUCACAAUGCCAACAGAGAGAUUCCUGUUGAUAUUAUCGGCUAUGAUGCCAGUCUGCAGCUCUUUGUAAAGGAUGGAAAGGCCUGCGCUCGUCUGUACGUAAAGAAAUCCUUCACUGCCUGGAAGGAAAUGUUUAAUAACUCCUGGGUUGGGUUCUACUCUUCUGAAGGCACCCUGGAUCAUAAGACCUGGCAAUGGGCUGUAAAGUUCUCUGAGGAAAGCCGCUCAGAUUUGGAAGAAAUACCUGAGUAUGAUGUCUAUGUGUACAAGUCUAGUAUGACCAUGUCUCCUGGGGUCCAGGCCAGAUUCAUACUGGAGAAAUCUGGGGGUGAAAAGGCACGCACUCCACCCUGGGAGAGACUUGUCCAGGGGUGA